AUGAGUGAUCUAGAAAUCAAACAUCCUAACGGAUCUCCCUUUACUGAUCAAGAGAAAAACAUUGGUUCUCAACAUGAAGAACAAUAUCCACCUCCUUCCGAGCUUAAUACUGAAUACAUUCUUCAACGUCAUGGAACCCUUGAGUUGGACCCCAUGCCUUCGCAUGAUCCAUUAGAUCCUCUCAAUUGGCCAGCUCUUAAGAAACAUUUACAUUUGGCGUUGAUUGCCUACUCUUGUAUGUUGGUCACUUUUGGAGCUGCUGGUAUUGUUCCUGCUUAUCCAGGUAUGGCCGAAGAGUAUGGAGUAUCUAUUCCAACCUGUUCUUAUUUCACAUCCGCACAAAUUCUCAUUAGUGGAAUUGUACCUAUUUUCACUACUCCUAUUAUGAAUAAAUAUGGCCGUAAAAAGAUUCAGGUAAUUUCCUGUCUUUGUUGCUGUGCUGCCAAUAUUGGUGGUGGCUUUGCCAAGACCUAUGGACAACAGAUGGCUACAAGAGUUCUUGUAGGACUCUUUGUAUCUCCUAGUCUUGGUUUGGGUGCUGUUCUUGUCACAGAAAUGUUCUUCUCUCAUCAAAGAGGAAGUAAGAAUGGUUGGUGGUCUCUUAUGAUUACCCUUGGUACUCCAGGUGGUCCCUUCAUCAUGGGUUUUGUGGUAAAAUAUGCUGCUAUCAAAUGGGUAUACUUUAUUCUGGCCAUUAUGAAUUUUGUUGCUUUCCUUGGCUGGAUGAUUGCCAGUGAGACUCUUUGGGAGCGAGAUGGUAUUGUCGUCAAUGAGCCUGAUUCACUCUUUAAAUUCAAGUCCAAAUCAAAUGUUACGAUUAACCUCUGGAGUUUUAUCGCUCCUCUUGCCGAGGCCAGAGAAAUCAGAGUAUUUAUUCCAUCAUUGGCAUAUGCUGUUGUCUUUUGUUACGCAAAUAUUGUGCUUAUUGUUGAAACACCACAAGUUUUCGGUCCUAAAUUUGGCCUGGACGCCGUUGGCCUUGGUCUACAAAUGAUUGCCGUCUUGGUUGGUUCCAUCAUUGGCGAAGUAAUGUCUGGGCCUUUGUCAGACUGGUGGAUGACGAGAUGUGUUCGUAAACGUGGAGUCAAGGUUAUAGAAGACCGAUUGACCCUAUCAUAUAUUGGCUUCAUUCUUGCUAUGGUGGGCAUUAUAGUUUGGGGUGUUAGACUUGAGCAGGCAACGCCCAUGAAAUGGAACAUCACUCCUUUAGUAGGUGCUGCUAUUGCUGCCUGCGGAAAUCAGAUUGUUACUACCAUCUUGAUCACCUAUAGUAUUGACGUUGACUAUAAAAGGUCUAUUGAGAUUGGCAAUUUCAUCAACUUCUUCAGACAGACCUACGGUUUCAUUGGCCCCUUCUAUUUCCCAGAUAUGUUUGACAACCUGGGAUUCAGCGGUGCAGGUGGUUUGAUGGCCGGCCUGAUGGGUGUGGUCUCCCUUGCUAGUGUGCUUGCACUCCAACUGUAUUUCACGAAAAGAGCUAAAAAGACUCUUGGUAUUUAA